AUGUUGCUUCCUCUUCUGCGAGUUUCGAGGAGUGGCGCACUUCGGCACGUCUCACUUCUCAGGACCUUCGCCGUUCGUCCAGCGGCUCUGAUUCCUGUGGUCCCCAAACUUCCCAAAAGAUGGUCCAAUGUGAAACCAAUUGCCCUAACUUUCACAAGAUUGGCUUCAAAUACCCCCGAACAGCCAGAUGCUCACGGAAAGAAGGACUCGUCCACUUAUUUAUUUGGGCGGCAAAUCUCUACUUCUCAAGUGAAGAUGCUCCGGUCGCUCUUGGCUACGAUUUGGCCCAAGGAUAAUCGGGCGUUCAAAGUCAGAGUGGUGGUAGCUCUUCUGCUCUUGAUAGGCUCUAAGCUCUUGAACGUCCAGGUGCCCUUUUUCUUCAAGAGCAUCAUUGAUGAAAUGAAUAUUGAAUGGGCUGAACAAUUGGGUACCAUAGGAACAGUCAUGGGUACGUUAAUUCUAGCAUAUGGAGGAGCCAGGUUUGGAGCAGUGUUGUUCGGAGAGCUCCGUAACGCUGUGUUUGCGUCGGUUUCCCAACUGGCUAUUAAAAGAGUGGCCAACAAUACAUUCAGGCAUCUUUUGGACAUGGAUCUCCAGUUCCACCUACUGCGACAAACUGGUGGGUUGACUCGGGCAAUUGACCGAGGAACAAAAGGUAUUAGUUAUGUGUUGAGUGCUAUGGUGUUUCACAUUAUACCCAUCACAUUUGAAAUUUCCGUGGUGUGUGGUAUCUUGACCUAUAACUAUGGCCUCCAAUUCGCAGCAGUCACUUUAUUGACAAUGGCAGCGUAUUCCGUGUUCACCAUCCGCACAACCGCUUGGAGAACGGGAUUCCGUCGUCAAGCAAACAAUGCAGACAACCAGGCUGCUUCGGUGGCUCUUGACUCGUUGAUUAACUAUGAGUCAGUCAAGUACUUCAACAAUGAGGCAUUUCAGUGCUCCAAAUACAAUGAGUCGCUUACCAAGUACGAACAGGCCUCCAUUAAGGUUGCAACGUCAUUGGCAUUCCUUAACGCGGGCCAGAACCUCAUUUUCACCCUGGCUCUCACGGCCAUGAUGUACAUGGGAUGCCAAGGUGUUUCCACUGGUGCCCUCAGUGUGGGUGACUUGGUUUUGAUCAACCAGUUGGUGUUCCAAUUGCUGGUUCCUUUGAAUUUCUUGGGAUCUGUUUACCGUGAACUCAAGCAGUCGUUGCUCGACAUGGAGAACUUGUUCCAGCUCCAGAACUACGAUGUGGUGAUUAAGCAGGCUCCAAAUGCACCUCUAUUGGCACUCAGUCCAAUCAAACCAGGAGAGAUCAGAUUUGAGAACGUCACAUUCGGGUACCAUCCCGAUAGACCUAUUCUUAGAAACGUCUCAUUUACUAUUCCUGCUGGCGAAAGAGUGGCUAUUGUUGGACCUUCUGGCCUGGGCAAGUCCACCAUUUUGAAGUUGGUGUUCAGAUUCUACGACGUGACGUCAGGCCGCAUCUUGAUCGAUGGCCAGGACAUCUCAAAGGUGAACUUGGAGUCGUUGCGGAGAGCCAUUGGAGUGGUGCCUCAAGAGACACCGCUUUUCAACGACACCAUCUUGGAGAAUAUUCGCUACGGUCGCUUGACUGCAAGCAAUUCAGAAAUCUACUCGGCAAUUGAGAAGGUGCAGCUCGAUAAGUUGAUCAAAGAGCUUCCGGAAGCGGGGCCUCAUGAUUUCCGGGGAGAAAAGCAGCGAUUGGCAAUUGCGCGUGUGCUUUUGAAACAGUCGUCAGUGAUGUUCUUUGACGAGGCAACUAGUGCACUCGACACGCACACAGAACAGGCGUUGCUUCGCACAUUGCGCAAUGUGUUUAGAGAAAAUCGUUCUACAAAUGUUCUGAUCGCGCACAGGCUUCGAACAAUCGCUGAUAGCGACAAGAUUAUUGUGCUUAACAAGGGAGCCGUACAAGAGGAGGGUACGCACCAGAGUUUACUCCACACACCAGGAUCGCUUUAUGGUGAAUUAUGGAAUAUCCAAGAAAACUUGGACUUGGAGGCCGAGUUGAAGGCAGGAGAGGAUCAGCAACCCGAGGAAGUUCCAGAGAAGGCGAAAUAG